AUGGAAGAAGGUGACGCUUCAAUUGAAUGGCUAUAUGAUUAUAUUGUCCAAUUCCUCAAGUCGCCUGGAUGGAGAAUUCCCAUCAUGUCAUUUAUUGAUGAACAUUGCAUUAUAUUCGAUAACGAAGAUGAAAACAAGUUCAUUUACACUGAAGUCCAUAAUGUAAUUUCUAUCAUAGCAAUUUAAAGACAUGAUUGAUAACUUACUUGAAAACCUCCUUGAAGAAAUUGGAGUGACUGCCAAUCUUCUAUUAAAAGUGUGCGAAAAAGGACUGAAAAAUAGGAUGCAUCAUAGAAUCUUCGAGCAGAUCUUGGCUUGCGACAAUUUCUUAAGCUUUAAAAAACUCAUGAUCAAGCGAAACAAAGAGCUAGAAGUGGAAGCUAUGGAAAUGCUCCAAAAAGAAGGCUUUGCCACUGAGCAAGAGUUCAAUGAAGUGAAAGCUGAAUCAGAUGAAGCUGAAAUCGAAGCAGCCGUUGCCUUGUCAAUUGCUCUUGAAGAGGAACGCAAACAAAGAGAAAGAGAAGAACAAGAAGAAUUAGAAAGAGCCAUCAGAGAAAGUGAAGAAAUCUACAAAGCUCAAAUGAGUGAAAAACACCAAAAAGAAGAGGAAGAGAGAAAAAUCAUUGAGAAUUUGAAGAGAGUUGAGGAAAAUAAAGUGAAGCAGAUGGAAGAAAGUAAAAGGAAGGAAUAUGAAGAAAAACAGAGAAGGGAGGUUGAGAUAAGGAGAAAAGAGGAAGAAGAAGCCAAAAGGAGGGAAGAGGAAAAGAAUGAAGACAGGAGGAGAAAAGAAGAAAUCGCAAGGAAAAAGGUCAUGGAAGAAGUCAAGCAGCACGAAGAAGAAAUGAAGCGAAAGGAAGUUGCUUUAGGUCCGCUGCGCAAAAAAGGUGAAGUCAAUUUGCAAGAUCUCAGGGCAGGAUAUGAUGUAUCAGCCCAAAAAGAAGAGUCGAAGCACCUUGAAGACACUGCCAAUGAAAUUCUAACUUCCUCCCUUUAAAUUGAAACAAAAACUCCUAUUCCAAUUUAAAGGGGAUUUAAUCUUAUUUUAAAAAAUUGAGCAGAAUUAAUUUAUUUUUAUUAAAAAAUGAUUAUAAAUAUUAAUCGAUAUAAUUUGGAAAAUGUUUAAAUAGCAUUCUACUUCCAAUUUUUUUCAUUAAAUAUAUGUUAAGUUAAUUUAUAAAAAUAGUAUUUUUCAACUUUAGCUUUUUCUUUUUACAAUUUGUAAAAAAUAUAAAUUGACUCAAUACUUUAUUUUUUAAUAAAUUAUGUAAAUAAAUUAAUUGAUUAUGUGCAAAAAUUGUUUAGAUGGCAUUCUAUUAGUAUUUUAUUUUUUUAAAAUUAAACUAAGUCAAAGCUAAUUUUAUAGAAUUAGUAUUUUUAUCGUUAAUAUUUUCCUAUUGAAAAAACAAAUUUGGUCUGAUUUCAAAGGAGGUCAAAAUAUUCAAAUUUACCGAUGUUUUGUCCAAUUUAAAGGGGGAGUAAAGAAGAACGAAUUAUUACCAGGAGAAAGCCAAGAAGCAGGCGUAGAAAGUCUUGCACAAAGGCAAGCAAGGCUCAAGAAGCAGAGAGACUUACUUCUCGCUAGAAAGAAGCAAGAAAGAGAAAGCGAGUUCAAGCAAUACCUCGACAAUGGAGGAUCAGACUACAGCCAGAAGAAAGACUCGCACCUCCCACCUGUAGUGAGUGAAGAAGAACUAGAAAAGAGGAGGAACAUUGUCGCAAAACUGAAAGAGACUAAUUAA